AUGUCGGCCACCACCGAGUCCGGCACGGCCGCAUCCCUACUGCCGCACCUAUUCCCGGAGCGGAAGCCGAUGACGCCGGCACAGGUGACGGCGGGCAUCGAGGCGACGCUGGCGGUGCAGCGGCGGGCCGUGACCUUCGGCAAGCGGCCCUUCGCCGCGGCGCUCGUGGGGCCCGACAACGAGACGGUGCUGCUGACGCACCAGUCCAUCGACCAGGUCAACCACGCCGAGAGCUCGCUCGCCCGCCUGGCCUACUCCCACUACACCAAGGAGUUCCUCUGGCGGUGCACCCUCUUCAGCACCUGGGAGCCGUGCGGCAUGUGCACCGCGACCAUCUACUGGGCGCACAUUGGGCGGAUUGUGUUUGCGGGAACGAACGAUCAGCUCUACGAGCUGACGGGGCCCGGCAACAAGGAAAACUUCACAAUGGACUGGCACACGAAGGAUUUCUUGAAGGGAUGCCCCCAGAAGGACGUCGAAGUCAUCGGCCCACUCGAGGCCGAGGGAAAAACCGUGAUGGAGGAGAGCGACAAGUAUUGGCGCACGACUCGCGUUGCAGCGAGCUGA